UAAUGUUGCUGUAAGAUUGCGGUGUUGAUUCACUUGACAACAAGGCUUGGAUGUGUGUAGAGUUUCUUUUCAUUUUAUAAAGGAUAAAAUGAGUAAGAAUCCAGGUAAAAACAAGUUAAAUCUGAAAUUACCGCCAGGAUCCAUCGAGCCAAUCGAUCAAACGGGUGCUGGAGAUGCAAAUAAUGACAAAUCGACAUUUGAUACGAGCAUCGAAGCUCUUCAGAAAACAAUAGAAGGAUUAGAAUUAGAUGACCAACAGCGCAAACGUUUAGAGGCAUUUCUGACACAGAAGCAGAAAGUCGGAGAAUUGAACAGUGACGAUUUCAAAAAUCUGGGUGAAUUGGGUGCCGGAAAUGGAGGCGUCGUCACCAAAGUCUUACACCAGCCUUGUGGACUCAUUAUGGCAAGAAAGUUAAUUCAUUUGGAAGUGAAGCCUGCGAUCAGGAACCAGAUUAUUCGUGAAUUGAAGGUAUUACACGAAUGCAAUUCCCCUCACAUUGUCGGAUUUUACGGAGCUUUCUACAGUGACGGAGAAAUAAAUAUUUGUAUGGAAUAUAUGGACGGUGGCUCUCUAGAUUUAGUCCUUAAAAAGGCCGGAAGAAUACCGGAACAGAUUCUCGGGCAAGUCACUAUCGCCGUAUUAAAAGGUUUGAAUUACCUUCGAGAGAAACAUCAAAUAAUGCACAGAGAUGUGAAACCGUCAAACAUCCUUGUUAAUUCUAGAGGAGAGAUCAAAAUAUGUGAUUUUGGCGUUAGCGGUCAGUUAAUAGAUUCGAUGGCAAACUCUUUUGUCGGAACCAGAUCUUACAUGUCGCCAGAAAGGCUGCAGGGCACGCACUAUACGGUCCAGUCGGAUAUUUGGAGUUUAGGUCUGUCUUUGGUGGAGAUGGCAAUCGGUCGUUAUCCCAUUCCUCCACCCGAUCCGAAAGAAUUGGCUGCCAUCUUUGGAUCCAAAUAUACUGCAGAUCAAGAUGGCGAAACUCCUUCUCCCAGUUCUAAAAACAGACCAAGUAGUUUCACAGUGUCUUUAGGUGAUGGUCCCAGACCCAUGUCAAUUUUUGAAUUAUUGGAUUAUAUUGUUAAUGAGCCACCUCCAACAGUUCCCACCGGAGUCUUUUCUACUGAAUUUAAAGAUCUUGUAGACAGAUGCCUGAAGAAAAAUCCAGCAGAACGUGCAGACUUAAAAACACUCAUGAAUCAUCCUUUCGUCAAACGAUCCGAAACUGAAGAGAUAGACUUUGCCGGAUGGGUCUGUCAGACGAUGGGACUCGAUCCUUCAACCCCGACAAAAUUAUCGUCUGACGUGCAAGUGUAAAAGCGAUCCUACGUUUGCAUUUUCUAUAUUCGGAAGCUAUUGUUGAGCAUUUUAAACGGGGAAAU